CUCCAUGGGCUCGCUUCCCCACAGGCCUUCCCCCAUUUCCCCAUUUCCCCACAGAAAGCCCAGAAUCCAGUUCCCUUAGCCCUGAAGCGGCCCAAGACGUCUUGAACCUUUAGUUUCCCCGCACGACUUUCCCUCGAUAUAUUCUCUUUGUAACCUCUAGAUUCAUCGAUCGUGAAUAGAAACAAGACCAGAGGUUGUUCGUAAUCGAAAAUAGCAGCUGAAUUAUAACAAACAUGAGCGACAUUUCGUCUCCGGCCGUGACCGCCAGGCCGGCAAAACGACAGCGGGCUGACGCGGAUCUCCGGAGCCAGCGAAAGCGGGAGGCAGACAGGAAGGCCCAAAGAAACUCUCGUGAGAGGCAGAGGUCACACACGGAUCAUCUCGAGAACAUGAUCACGAUUCUCCGCAAGGAGAAUGGGAAUGCGGCUACGAGCGAGCUGAUGGAGAUGGUGUGGCAGCUCCGGUCUGAGAACGAGCGUCUCCGGAAGAUUAUCAAUAGUGCAAAGUCGGCCUUGAGCGUGAUGUCGUGCGAGCCAACUCCAUUACCAAACCCUCAACAUGUUGAUUUGACCAGUGCCCCGAGGCCACCUCCAGGUAAGGGCCCACAGGUUGCUGUAGUCGAAGGCGCUCCCAACAAGAACCCAGGAGCUUCUCAGCCAAGUGCACUGCCUGCAAAGCGUAGCAUAGAUGAUGUCAUGCCGACUGCUUCAAAUAGCCUCGUUCCACGUGGGGAACAAGCUCGAAAAAGACGCCAGACCGUUGCUGAUAUAACGGCCGAGAGUAAUUGCGGGAGCGUCCUUAAUUUCACUGAAUCCUGGAUGGACAAGAAGGCAAUAGUUAGGACCGACAAAGCCCAUGCCGAUCUUACUCCCUGGGCUUGGCUGAGCCCGAUUGCAUCCAUGAUGCCACCACCAGCUCGCCCCCCGACACAGGGCAUGCAAUGCCAAAUCUGGGAGAAAUCGAACAAAAUCUACUCUCAAAUAUCGACAGUCGCCGCCGCUUCUGCUUCUGCUGCACUACGCUUAAGUCCUAUGGACUACGCGAAUUUGAUAUUUAAGGCCGUGAUUAACGGUUGGGCUUCCUUGGACACCUGGGAACGUAGUAAUCCUAUUAUGAAAGCACUGUCAGACAUCGAUCAGGUAUUCUCAGAACUUGAUCAGGUAAGCAGGGCUGCGUUUCUGUACAAAAGCCACAUGCUCCUCAAGUAUCACAUGGAUCCCGAGAAGGGCAACUGGGACGAGAUGCCUGAAUGGCAGCGACCAUCAUUUACACAGCGUACCAAGCAACACCCUAUUGCCGUUGAUUUCUUCGUGUGGCCCGCCCUACGCGAUCGCCUUAUUGAUAGCAACCACAACUACUUUGCUACGGGCGACUUCUCGGCCUAUUUCCGUCGGCAUUACAAGUUCAGUUGGCCCUUCUCUUUCGAAGAUACCUAUGUCUACGAUGGUGCGUCAAAUACUUAUCAAAUGAGCCCAAUAUUUGCAAGGUACCACCGCGACCUCAAAUAUUGGGGCGUCGAAAGACCUUUCCUCGAGAAAUUCCCGGAACUGGCAGGAGAUAUCACGUUAAUUGAUACCGAAAUGAAUAUAUUCCACCCGCAGCCUCUUCAGUCGAUGGGUUACAUCGAAAGCCCCCCUGAGGAUGCAACCACGCCAGACAUAUUGUUUUCUGCAGGCUUCACGGAUGGGGAGAUUGCGGAGCUCUUCGAUAAUUUCCCUCAAGUUGGAUAGACCGGUGAUAGCACCAGCGGAAAUGCCUAUCGACGUUCUUUGUCAAGGGCAACAAUUCAAUGGCGACAAGAAUUAUGUUAUCAUAUGGUUAGUGGCGGACCGACGACAGCAACAGACAUCUGCUCUGCUUCGAUGUCGGCCAUACAAAGUUACGCCCAUAUCACUCCAAGGGAGCCGGAAGGUCCUGUGGGAUGCGGACUUUCUCUACCGAAGGGUUCGGUGCCGAGAUGGUUUUACGACUCAUGAGGAAGUCUUUAGGAUAUCUCUACCUGAGGGAAUAUUCCAUGGUUUGAAAUAGCAAUCGCUGUACAGUAUCUUCGAGUUUCAACUGCACGAUUUUCGUCCCCAUGAAGGUAUGAUAAGGGUUGUUCAUAUCAGUAGCAAAUUGACUAUGUUUACCUUGACUACUGGCCGCUCUGAAUAUUGGGGGGAGGGGGGUAAUUUGGAGUUGUGUGCCCAAAUGGGUAAUCACGUGAGCUAAUUGAGGGGAAACGCAUUCGGGGG